AUGAAGAAGGAACCUUUGUGUUAUUGUGGACCUGCUGCAGAUCUUAAAAUGUCACGAACACCUACCAAUCCUGGAAGAAGGUUCCUAGGUUGCCGAAGAUAUGAGAUUGGUGAAGGUUGUGGCUUUUUUCGAUGGGUUGAUCCUGCGAUUGAGGAAGAACACUACAAGACUUUUCUUGCAGGUCUUAUUAAGAAGAGUGAUCGAUGCCAUUGUCAGAGAACACAAGAAAGGUCGAAAUUCAGAGUUGUUGCUAUUAUAAUUGCGGUUGUAGUUGUUCAAAUAUUAGCUCUUAUGUUAUGUGUUUAG